CCCAAACAGGUGAAAAUGUGGUACGAAAUUUUACCCAGUGCAGGAAUUAUUUUAGUGGCGAUGACUUUCCCUCAUGCCUCUGCUUAUAUCAUCAACAAAUUAGCACUUGGUAACAUGUACAGAAGAAGUAUGUUAACUAUAACUGAUAGAUAUAAUUACACAAGAGAUAAAAGACUUGGGGACGGAAAUCCAUAUAAAAUUGUGGGAUUAGAAGCUGUUCCAAAUUAAUGUUAAGUUUAUUCAUUUUCAUUGAAAUAAUAAAAUAAUAA